CAACACAUCCAUCAACCUCUCUACUACCCGUCGCCGACUCAUCGCGCAGUCGCCUCCCCGCUGCUAUCCUUCAUCCCCCUCAUCACCUCAGCUCUUUAUUUGCACAUCUGGUGAGGGCUACGCGUCAGGUACACCCUUCACCCACACGUCGCAGCCACCUGCCAGGCCUCUCCCAAUCCCAUACCCAAUCUCCAACAUGGCUGAAGAAGCAACCACGGCACCAUCCACAGUAGACGCGCCGGCGCCACCUGCCCCCGCCGAGCCUGUAGAGCCUCCUACUGCCAACGGCGAGCCCACCGAGGGUACAACAGAAGAUGGGCAGGUCUUGAGCGAGCAGACAACCACCGCAGUGACCGCGCCAGACGGCGGCGCGGCGACCGAUGCCGCCGAUCCUGCCCCCGCUGCCACUGCUGAAGACGCCGAUGACGCCACGCCCUCGAGCGGCAAGAAAGAGAAGAGGAAGUCGGUCGGCGGUGUGCCCGAGCACAAGAACAAGAAGCUCACCAAGAAGAAGAGCAUGCCGACGCUGCAUCUCGACGCCAAGCCCGGCCAGAUGUACUGGGCCAGGCUGAAGGGAUACGCACCGUGGCCCUCGGUCAUCUGCGAUGAGCAGAUGCUGCCUGAGAACCUCCUCUUCAAUCGUCCGGUGAGCGCCGCGCGCCCGGACGGCAGCCUACGCGACGAUUACAAGGAUGGUGGCAAGAACGCAAAGGACCGGACUUUCCCCGUCAUGUUCCUCUCUACCAAUGAAUUUCAAUGGAUGGCCAAUACCAGUCUCACGCCCCUCGAUCCUGCAGAGUGCCACGACCCGCCCAACUCCAAGAAGAUGUCGAAGUCGCUCAAGGACGCGUGGAAGAUUGCGUCGGAGGAUCACGACAUCGAGUACUUCAAGGGAAUCCUGAAGACGUGGCAGGAGGAGACCGCUCGGGCGGCGAAAGAACGUGCCGAGGCAGAGCAGAAGGCGGCCGAGGAGCGGGAGAGGAAGAUUCAAGAGGCGGCGGCCAAGGCUAAGAGCGGAGACGAGGAUGGGAAGAAGAAGAAAAAGGCGCGGAAGAGCAAGGGUGGUGAGGACGGUGAUGUGACAAUGGAGGAUGUCGACGCGCCCAAGUUGAGCAAGAAGCGCAAGAAUGAGAGUGAUGGAGAGGGCGGCAAGCCAAAGAAGACCCCCAAAGUCACCAAGCUCAACGCGCCCAAGACUCCCAACGGCGAGGAAGCAGCGUCCGGCAAGAAAUCUACCACCAAAUCGAAGAAGAAGAUCGUGACCGCUCCCAAAGAAGAGGAGGAAGAGGAGCGACCGCAGAUGAGCGAAGCCGAAAAGCUACAGCAGCGCGAGAAAGCCAUCCUCUACCUCCGCCACCGCCUGCAAAAGGGCUUCCUCACCCGCGACAAGGCCCCUGUCGACACCGAGAUGCCGACCAUGGCCGAGUUCCUCGCCCAGCUCGAAGGGUACGAAAACCUCGAGCCCGCCAUCAUCCGCAACACCAAGAUCCACAAGGUGCUCCGCGGGAUUGUCAAGCUCGCCUCCAUCCCGGAAGACGAGCAGCAUCAGUUCAAGAAGCGCUCGGCUGCACUGCUCGGCGAGUGGAACAAGAGAAUGGAUGCCGAUACCGAGUCUGCGCCUGCUUCUGCUGUUGAGGCGCCAAAGGAGGCGGAGGCGACGAAUGGAGAGCCUGCCACUGCGGCUCCGGCUGCUAGCAUUCCCACCAAUUUUGUCUCCACGCCGGACGGCGUUCGCUACACUCCGAAUGUCGACGAGGCGAAGGCGGAUGCACCAACGACUGCCGGGGUUGAGAAGAGCUCCGAAGAGGUCGCUACGGAGGAGAAGGCCGAGAAGGCCGCGGAUGAGAUUGAGGAGAAGAUUGAGACGGUCGUGGAGGAGAAAACGGACAGCAUCGCUGCUCUGGCGACAUCGACUGCCACUGAGACGGCCGCGCCUGUGGCUACGGAUGGCGAUGUCGUGAUGCAAGCGACCGAAGAGGCUGCGUGAGUGUUUUGAAACGAUGGAAUGAACGAGAGUGCGAAGGGAGGAUUUCUGUGCUUGAUCGAACAGAAGUGGCUCUCUGCAAACUGCUGCAGUGAGUCCUCACGAUGUGUUGGGGGAAAAGGGAGUACGAGGCUCGUCGGAUGGUUGACGAUGCCCAAAAUGCAUUUACUUGAGACGUUUCGGCGCCAGACGCAGGGAGGAGGGCUGUGUGGAAGGACGAUCACUUGUUUGAGCGGCUGGCCAUUAGAGCCCAGCACGCGUCACCCUUGAUGAGUUUUUGAGUGCGACAAAGACUACCUAGCUACGGCGAAGAAAUUGCGAGUCCUUUAACAACUUCCAAUGAC